AUGGUUCGAUCUGGUGCUUCAGUUCGCGUUCGAAUGUCUGAAAUGUCUCCUCCUUGCACCUCUACUGACCAUAUACGAUCACUAGAAAGAGUAAUGGCGAGGUACUAUAGCCUCGUCUAUACUGAAUUAAUCGUGAUAGCUUUCUGUGAAGAAGUACCUCAUGAAAAAUGCUGAAACUAGUGUUUCAGGUCAUUUAAAAUCCUGUGAGCUAGGCACACCCCCAGAAAAUCAUGCACCCUUAUAAAAGCUCGCACCCUUGGUGCUUCCGUGACGAAGGGUUUUGCCCUUCCAAGCACAAAUCGGGGAAAUAAGCGUUAAGAGAGUUCGAGCGACUUCGGCGUAUAAACAACAAGGGGCAAAACUAACGCUGCAGCUCGCUUAGCAAGCGGGAAAGGAACUCGUCACUGUUCCACGGUACUAGGAUCUGCUACAACUGGAAAACAGGACAGCACUCAAACUUGGACUUCAACAGUUGAAUCUUCAGCUCGUGUACGUAAAUCAUACAACCAUGUGCAUCCAAAAUGUAAAUCGUACAAGCAUGUAAAUCCAAAAUAUAAAUGAAAAACAGGGAUAACAGUGCUCAGCUUAUAACAACAUCACAAACCAGAUGGAAAGAAGCGCUGAGUAAAAUUAGCUGAAAUCUGAAAACAAACCUGGAUUAAUUCAGCUUAAGUGACUCAAAAUUAAAUGUCAAUCAAGCAAAUGGAUUUCGGAAACUUAGUUGUACAAAGAUUCAGCACUAAAGCUGUGCAAAAAGAAUUCGAGUUUCCUUUACUCAGGAUUCCUUAAAAUGUCAAAACUAAAAACUAAAACGGUUGGUUUUUGAGCAGGCGAAAGAUCCACUUAUUCAGUGACCAAGGUCAGUAUAAUUAUUCAGGAACUAGUUAUCCUUUCAAAAGUAAACAUUGAAGUAAAAUGUCGGUAUAAUUUGAAUUUUUUUUUACUUGCGUGCAUCUAACUCGCUUCCGAUUGGUUUAAAAGCAAUAACAUAACAUAACAUAAUCUUUAUUUAACGUGGGAGAAACACUUAGCUAAAGCUAUUUUGCAGGUUUUCCACAAAUCAAUAUUAAGAAAGAAAGAAAGAAAAUAUGUACAUAGAAGUGUAAAAAUAUAAAAUAUCUAGCAUCUAAAAUUACAAAAUGAGAUAACUAAAAUUGAAUGUUCCUCACUUGUUUGUUAAAUUCUGGUCCUCCAGCUCUUAAUCGUAAUUCGUUUGGAAUACUGUUCCAUUGUUUUGUGGCGAAAUAUCUGAAGGAGUUUAAUCCAUAAUCAGUUACUGUCAGAACUCACACACGCGGGUUAUCGUGAACCAGUCCUUUAAUUCAAUGUAUAAAUAAAGGGGUGUGUUUUUCUACUCAGUACGGCUUCGUUUAAGGUGCGGCUUUGAAGGUGGCUUAUUGUUCGAAUUCAAUCUUCUGUUCUCCAGCAACUCCUAACAAAAUGAAUACUUCCCUUGCCUCCGUAUUGGUUUUUACCUUUUGCUUCUCAGUGGGUGAGUACUUUAUGAUACUUUGUCAGGUGCGAGUAGAUAAUUGAGCUGGUUAUGCCACACUUGGAAUCAAAACAAUGCGCGUAUUAAUUUUAAUCAAAUUUAGCAAGCUUAAAGCCUUAAAAUAAACGCAGUUGCUCUGAUUACCCUUUUGAAUGUCUGAAGAUUUUUUAUAAGUCCUAAAUAUGUCCAUUUUGGUCAGUUUGGCCCUCCUCGUAUGCGCCUACGUAUAGCAGGCGUUAUUUAUCUAUGGUUCGAUCUGGUGCUUCAGUUCGCGUUCGAAUGUCUGAAAUGUCUCCUCCUUGCACCUCUACUGACCAUAUACGAUCACUAGAAAGAGUAAUGACGAGGUACUAUAGCCUCGUCUAUACUGAAUUAAUCGAGAUAGGUCUCUGUGAAGAAGUACCUCAUGAAAAAUGCUGAAACUAGUGUUUCAGGUCAUUUAAAAUCCUGUGAGCUAGGCACACCUCCAGAUAAUCAUGCACCCUUAUAAAAGCUCGCACCCUUGGUGCUUCUGUGACGAUAGGUUUUGCCCUUCCAAGCACAAAUCGGGGAAAUAAGCGUUAAGAGAAUUCGAGCGACUUCGGCGUAUAAACAACAAGGUGGAAAACUAACUCUGCAACUCGCUUGGCUAGCGGGAAAGGAACUCGUCACUGUUCCACGGUACUAGGAUCUGCUACAACUGGAAAACAGGACAGCACUCAAACUUGGACUUCAACAGUUGAAUCUUCAGCUCGUGGACGUAAAGCAUACAGGCACGUGCAUCCAAAAUGUAAAUCGUACAAGCUUGUAAAUCCAAAAUGUAAAUCGAAAAACAGGGAUAACAGUGCUCCAUUUAUACUAACCGAUUAGCUGUAUUACAACGUCACAAACCAGAUGGAAAGAAGCGCUGAAUAAAAUUAGCUGCAACAUGAAAACAAACCUGGAUUAAUUCAGCUUAAAUGACUCAAAAUUAAAUGUCAUUCAAGAAAAUGGAUUUCGGAAACUUAGUUAUAUAGAGAUUCGGCACUA